AUGUUCAAUUCUCCAGUGCCAGGACUAAAGGCUAAACGAAUAUCUGUGUUUCUUUGUUGCUUUCUACAAUACGCUAUGUUACAUUCAUGUCGUUCGACCUGGAGUUACACCACUGGAAUAUUAACAUCUACAAAUGAUAAGUAUGACGACCAGAAAAUUGAUGAUUUUGAUAAGAGUUAUUUGGCAGACGUUAACUUUGCAUUUCUAUUUACAUACGGAUCCUCAAUGCUAUUCUUAGGGCAAAUCGGAGACAGAAUAGGCCCCAAGAGAUUCAUGUUGUACGGUACUUUUAUGACUGGAAUUAUAUAAUUUUUGAUAGCAGGUCUCUUUCACAUUGAGCAACACAACAAAUGGCUAAUAUUGAUGUUAAUGAUAUUCAAUGGAGUGGCAUAAGCUCCAGUUUGGCCAGGUCUAAUGGCAAUCAUGAACAAUUGGCAGAGCAAACCAAAUAAGGUUAUUGUGAUGGGGUAUUUUACGGCAUGCACAAAUAUUGGAAAUAUCCUUGGAGACUUUUUCGCAUACAUUCUCAUAGAAAAAUUAGAUUUAAUUGUUAUGUCACCCAUCUACGUUGCUGCUGCUGGAGUUAUACUAAUGUCAAUCAUCAAUGUCUUUGCCAUUCCAACUGAUUCAGCUAAGGAAUACAUUGCAUCUUUUCGAAACCCUAAUACAAAAUCACUUGUCUAUAAAUAGGCACACGAAGAGUACUUGAGUAGAGCAGGAUCCAGGACUAGUUCAGUAGUAUCUAAUUAAGAUUUAGAUGUUUCAAAAAGCAAUAUCGAUCAAUCUCUAUUGACAGUGGCUAGAAAUACUAUAGGAGAACCCUAAUUAAAACCCAAAAAACCCAAGAAGGAUAGUAUCAACAUGUUUUCUGCAUGGAAACUACCCAACGUUGCACUCUAUGCUUUUGCCUUUGGAUGCGUUAAAGCAGUAUUUUACAUUUUAGCAUUUUGGCUCCCCAACUAUUUAAGCUAAUAAAACUUAGAGAAUAUUUCGUUGAUUACUCAAAUGAUAGAGUGGGGAACCAUCCCUGGAGGCAUUCUUAUUUGGUAUCUCUAUUUUUUCAAUCUAGUUAUGCUGGAGUUUAUUGGAACAUUCGGGCAUUUCUUAUAGUUCCUAUUCUUUGGAUUGUUGCAAAAAAUCCAAAGUCAUCAGCCUUACUUCUUAUAUUACAUGUUAGUGUUUCUAACUGGUUUACUGAUUGGAGGAGUGUAUAACAAUAUCUCUGGAGCAAUUGUAAUUGAACUAACUUUGUAAUAAAUUCUCUUAGGCAAUAAAAAAUCAACGGCUACAGUCACCUCUGUAGUAAUGGGGUAUGGUGCUACAUUUGCUGCUAUUAAUUAACUUAUUGUGCCACAUUUGGAAUCCAAAAUAUUCUUGUAUUGCGGAUUGAAUGCUAUAAUUGCAGGAAUGUUUCUCAUUCCAUUAAUUGUAAGUGAAUACAAAAGAAUAAAGUAAGAGAGAUUAAAAGUGUAUGAUAAAUGA